AAGUGAAAGUAUCGGGGAAAAACCAGCUCCAUCAUAUUUAAAAGCACCCGAGCGACUCCCUGCUUCGGUACUGUUUUUCUUUCUCUCCCGCAAUGUCGGAAUUCUCCACCAUCUACAAACUUUCUCUGCUCGCCUGCUUUGCAGCUCUUCUGGCCCCGCUUUGCCUUGCAAGAUGCCCAGCUCUUGAGUGCUGGUAUGUUGAGGAAAAAUCAAGCCGAGCUGGAAGCUUCCCAUCUGCGAUGAGCCAGGAGAAAUCUUUUCUGUAUAUAAGCACAGGAUUUAACCUGGCUUAUAAUACCCAGAACCCUCCAGUGGGCAUCAAUCCAAAUCGGGUCUACCGUAUUGUAGAUUCAACUGGUACCCUUUGUAGUUCAGCUUUGCAACCUGUGGAUGGUGCAGUUGAAAAGCCAGAGUGUGAAAUAAACCCAUUCACACCCCAUCCUGCUAUGGUGGACUGGACACUGUCUCUAACAAGUCCAGACACAAGUCCUGCUUACCUUACAGCUGAUUGGUUAUCCUCAUCCAUCCAGGGUUUGAAAAACAAGUUGGCUGUAUCCAGUAUUUUACGUUUACCUGUAGGGACAACAGAAGCCACAGCUGUUAUGAAUGUCUACAGUCACACUCCAGUUCUUCAGACAAAGCUGAAACAAGAUGUGUUACUAGAUUGUGGUUUCACUCUUCCACAAGAGGAAGAGAAUUCUGAAUUUUCCCUUGAAUGGCGCUACCAAUACAGAGGAGAAGGGAGGCUCCUUUUUGCUUAUGAUGCCAAGUUUGACAAACUGCAUGAAAAAUAUAUCACAAAGGAUGAUGUUGAAGUUGACAUCACCAACCUGCAUGGGUCAGGAAAUGCCUCACUGCUUAUCAAAAAUGUGUCCAUUCGCCAUGGAGGUACCUAUAUUUGCACCAUCUACCGACCAUACCUGCUGGCUCAGGUUGCCAUGGAACUGGAGAUUAUAGAACCACCACAUUUGGCCUUACUACCUUCACCAUUCUGGGCAGCCCCUGGCCAUGAGGCUGUACUUACCUGUGAGGUUUCAGGCUACUACCCUCUAGAUGUAGAAAUAAAGUGGAUGGCUAAACCUGCAAAUGGGGAACCUGCAGAGUUUUUGACUGAAGCUCAACUUUCUGGACACCGUCAGAGUAUAGAAGGCACCUUCUCUCAAACCAGUUCCAUUCGCAUCAUACCAGAAACACAAGAUCAUCUGACCCAGUACUCCUGUCUGAUAACUCACCUGGGUGCCAGCAGCAAGAAAUCCGUUGUACUUCAGGUUGCAGGAGCAUCAGGACCAUCCAUUGAAGAUGCAGUUGGAAUGUUUAUUGUGGCUUUUAUUUCAUACGGCCUACUCAAACUAAUUUACUGGGUAUUUUCUGCAAAAGCUUCUCCCGAAGAUGACAAGAAGGAUAAGUGAAGCAAACAUUACCAGAAAAUGUUUCUCAUGGUCCUUUAAACCCCUGUUUUUCUAUUGAAGAAAAUGUGUUAAAAUGCUUACAAAAAGAAAACUACCUUGUGUGUUUUUUUGUUUUUUCCUAAUCAAAGAAUGCUGUUGUGAUAGCAAUGAUUUGUGGGAAUAGGUGAUGUGCUACUGAAGGUCCUGUUAGCAGACAGACGGUCAUGAAAGCUUGCAGAUUUUUUUGCUACAAAGAAGGUGGACUCCUGAAUCUGCCGUACUGUAAAUUAAGAGGAUUGAAUUGUGAGUCUGUAUUUAUAUCUUCUGACAGGCCUAGACAAUAUGCCUGUCUGAGAGAAGGGUUUGUUUUUAGACAGGAUUAUUUUUGUCUUUCUGUCUGUGUUGUGCCUUGGAAUUUGCACCUGGCUAUUUAAUUGAUUUGUUGUAUGUGAAUACCUGCGUACAAGGCAUGUCAUAUCGUUAUGCUGGUCUGUGAUUUAUUUUUUGUCUAUAGCAAGAACAAGAAUUGCAUGUGUUGGUUCUUUAUCCACUGAACAGCUCUGGAUCACACUGAAUGAACCUUAAUGAUCAUUUGCAAGUGGUGGGUGUGUUUCUGAGAGAAAAUAUGCAAGUUGAUGUCUGUUCCGUUGGUAGAGUUCCUCAGUGUCUUAUCAGUGUUCAGCGUGUGGCUUGUUUGCUCAUUUGUAAAUUUCUCCUUUAUCCCCUAUUGAUAAUGUUUUGGAGGCCAUCUGCUAGAACCCAGCUGCAGGUUAAGAUAACGGACAGCAAGAAGAGCCUCUUUACAUAUUUUUUUGCAGCAGCUCAUAAAAAGCUGUGUCUGUUGUCAUUUUGUAAUCAGAAAAGAGCGAAUAACAUUCUUUUAAAGCAGAUAGAAUUCCAUAAUAAAAUAUAUCUUCUUUUAAAAUAUAAUAAAUAUAGUGCACAUUUAAAGAACAAACAUAAUUUCACACAAUAGAGUCAAUUGACUUUACACAGCUUAAAGCCAGUCAGGACGUUGCCUCCAAAUAACUGACAUUUUCUAAAGAGUAUUACAUCAGGACACACCUUAGCACAUAUUAUUGUUAACUCUAACCUAUGAUGUCUCAAUUUAAAAUGUAAUAACAUAGUACCAUCACUGUAAUGAUUCGAUCCACAAUAGUUUGAAAAUUGUUUCUUAAAUCCCAAUGGAAUUCUUUAAACUCAUUAAAAUAGCCAAUAUAUAUAUAUAUAUAUAUAUAUAUAUAUAUAUAUACUGUAUAUAUACUGUAUAUAUAUUACAUAGUUUACUGUCAAAUAAUGCAAAGAGUACGCAACACAUGUUUCGCCCUAAUUACGCAACAUUCUAUGAUCUGCUUCUCACAACUGAAGAGGGCACCGUGGCGUAUGUUUGCCAACUUGCAGACCAACCACAAGCGUUACCUGAUAGGUAACCACCCAUACAAUCAGAUUGUGAUUCAGACUACGAAUGUCAUGAAUAUAUAUAUAUAUAUAUAUAUAUAUAUAUAUAUAUAUAUAUAUAAUAUGGAACAGAAGGUCUGUGAUACAGUUUGCAUAUUUGCAGCUGGAGAUCCACAAAGGGAGAAAAAUGAAUCACGUAUCAUAAAGUAGUUUUUAUUCCUGAGCUUUCAACCCCUGCCAGGGGUCUUCAUCAAAGGAUAAUGCUUAGACUUACAAGAAUCAAAGGCAAUAUAUAGCAAAACAUUACAUGGAGGGGGUGGGGGUGAGGUGGCUAAGUCAGUGUGGUCAGGAGGUGGGGGGGGGGGGGGGUAUUGGGUGUAAAGUCUUGUUUCUUAUGAAUAUGUUCUUCGUAAGUUUGCAUAUGCUGGAUUUAUGUCCAAGUGUCUGUUGAUGGCGUUCUCAUUUGAUAACCAGGAUUCGGGCCAGCUCUCUGGACUUUUAGUACAUUUAACUGGGACAAUGUACAAGUAAAAUUCAAGGCCAGUACUAAAAGUGCCAGAGAGUUGGCCAAAUCCUGGUUAUCAAAUGAGAACGCCAUCAACAGACACUUGGACAUAAAUCCAGCAUUUCUUUGUGGAUCUCCAGCUGCAUAACACCGCAGAUAUAUAUAUAUAUAUAUAUAUAUAUAUAUAUAUAUAUAUAUAUAUAUAUAUAUAUAUAUAUAUAUAUAUAUAAUAUUCAUUGAACAGUUUUCAUAUUAAUACAUCUAUCCACUUUGCAGACCCACUUUAUCCUGAGCAGGGCAGGGUGUGCAAGGCAGGAAGAGCCCUUGGACAAGGGUGCCAGUCUAUCGCAGGAUGAACAGACUGGCACACAUACACACACUAUGGCCAAUUUAACAUCACCAAUCCACCUAACCUGCAUGUCUUUGGGCUGUGGGAGGAAACCAGAGCACCCGGAGGAAACCCACAAGAACAUGUAAACUCCACUUAGGGAGGAAGUGGAUCGAGAACCAUGGCCUCUUUAUUAGGAGGCAGUAGAGCAACCACUGCACCACCAUGCAACCCCAAAUGAAUAAAUAUGAAUGUUAAAUAGUGUAACACAAUAAUCAUUUGGAAUAAAAAGCAGUGGAAACUGAUCCCAUGAUUAUUAACCCACUCUGUAAAUCAGCAGGAUUACAUGUGAAGCGAAAGAAGUAAUCUUUUAAUACUUUCAGUAAAGUAAAAGCAGUUUUGUAGUCUGAAAUGUUACAAGUAAAUCCUGUUCCUUGGGAGUAGGCCCCUCUUAUUCUUUAUGUUGUCUUUGAAGUUGAUCUCAGAAAGUGUGCAUACAAAAUGUAAACCAAAGAGGGAGGGGGAACUUUCUUUGUUAAAUAUGUUAGCUUUUAUUUGGUAUAUUUUAAAUGCCUGUGUUUGAUGGCAUGUCCAAGGAGAAUUUCCCCCUCGGCCCUCUCCAGCUUCAGGGAUUUUCUACAUUGGAUGAAGAGAGUUUCAAAAAAUGAAUGACUAGGAUAAUGUUUAUUUGAACAACAUCUGGAAACUUGAUAAUGAUUCUUUAUUAGAGUUAUUUAUUUUUCUAAAAUGCUGCUGGAUAGCAAGAGUCUCCACGAGUGACUCAUUCAAUUAUGUAAAUGGCAGAGGAGAUUUGCACUGUUACCCACACACACAUGCUUUCCGCUAUUUCUGACUAGGUACAGUCACUACUCAGCAAAACAUACAGACUUAUAUUUUUGACCUCUGUGCUCCUUUUAAUGUCCUGUCAAUGCAGUAAUUGAAAGUAUGAUGACAACCAGUUGUCAUGCUUUCAACAGAAAAAAAAAAUAAAAAUAUAUAUAUUUUAAAGGGUG